GGCGCCGGAAGUGGCGAGGGCGGGGUCAAUGCUGGCGGGUGAAAACUGCCUGCCAGCGAAGAUGCUGCUAGACUUGUCGGAGGAGCAUAGGGAGCAUCUAGCCUUCCUGCCCCAAGUGGACAGCGCAGUGGUUGCCGAGUUUGGGCGGAUUGCGGUGGAGUUCCUGAGGCGAGGCUCGAACCCUAAGAUCUACGAAGGCGCCGCCAGAAAACUCAAUGUGAGUAGCGACACUGUCCAGCAUGGUGUGGAAGGGUUAACAUAUCUCCUCACUGAAAGCUCAAAGCUCAUGAUUUCUGAACUGGAUUUCCAAGACUCUGUUUUUGUUCUGGGAUUCUCUGAAGAAUUGAACAAAUUGUUGCUUCAGCUUUAUCUGGACAACAGAAGGGAGAUCAGGACUAUUCUGAGUGAACUGGCACCCGACCUUCCCAGUUACCACAGCCUUGAAUGGCGACUAGAUGUACAGCUUGCAAGCAGAAGUCUUAGGCAACAAAUUAAACCAGCAGUGACUAUAAAGCUACACCUUAACCAGAAUGGAGAUCACAACACCAAAGUUCUGCAGACAGAUCCAGCAACUCUGCUUCAUUUGGUUCAGCAACUGGAACAAGCGUUGGAGGAGAUGAAAACAAACCAUUGUAGGAGAGUUGUCCGCAAUAUCAAGUAAUACCAGUUUUAAGGUUUUAAUCCCUUUUGAGUCAUUUGUGAAUUUAUGAUAUACAGCAGUUACUUUUCAAAAUUAAUUUUGUAUUAAUUGAUGGUGAUAAAUACAUCUAGAUUCCAUGAAAUUUCUUUUCCUGUUCCAAGAUAUUGAGGCCAUGAUCAGAAGCUAAAGUAAAAUUCCUUUCCUGGUGCUACAUGUGGUCAGCUUCUUGACAGAUUAAAAUGUAUUUGUAUUUUAAAUGUCUAAAUAUAACUGAGUCAACUAGAGAAGCAUCUAUACUGUUCAUAUCUUCUGU